UGCGCACCGCACUCGCGCAUAAACAAUGGCGUUGAUAUUUUGUGAAAAUGAUGGUGGCCUGGUUGUUGGAGUUGUAGGCCACCAAGUUUUGUUAUGGUUCCAUUGAUUUUUCCACUUAGAAACAAAAUGAUGAAAGAAAACAAUGACAAUAUUUAUCUAUUAGAAUGAUAUUUUACAUAUCAUAUUGUUGGUGUUGAAAUAAUGUUGGAAGAUGGCUACUAAUUCUUACAGGGUGGAAUGGGUGGAGAUAAUAGAACCAAAAACCGGGGAACAUAUGUACGCGAAUUUAACAACGGGGGAGUUCGUGUGGGAUCCUCCUGAGGGUGUUCCAGUUAAAAGGACCGAUUCAAAUCAAUGGUGGGAGUUAUUCGAUCAAAAUACCGCUCGUUUUUACUAUUACAAUGCUACAUCACAGCGAACAGUAUGGCACAAACCCACCAACUGCGACAUAAUCCCUCUAGCUAAAUUACAAACCCUGAAACACAACACCGACUGUACCCCGACAUCCACUUCGAACCAAGCCACUCAGACCGGGGAGGCCGCCAGCAGCAGAGGGCAAAUCCUCAGCUUAUCCGCCAGCACCCCGCAGUUGCGACGGAAAUCCAACGAUUUGUGUCGCAGCAGCAGCUUUAGCCAGAGAGGUGCCGAAGCAGCUCCGUUGUAUUCCAACUGGCACGACUCACACCUCCUCCCUUUGGAGCACUUCCUGCUUAACAACAGCAGGGAUUCGGACACCGAUCACUCGGACAGCGGCAGCGAGUCGUUAACAGGCCACGAACCUGACAAUGAAGACUCUGACCAGUCAGAAGGGAGCUAUUUACCGCACCGGUUACCUCACAAGCCCGUCGAGUAUCUCAAUCUACCGACCAGUUCGGUCAGCACGGAGCUGCGCGAGCAGAAGGAGCGUCUGCCGGUGCCGGUGCUCAAGCCUCUGGCUGAGCCCCCGUUCCAGCCGGAACGGGAGGCAGACAUGGAGAAGUUCGCAGCUGAUAAUUUGAAUCUGGGGGGUAGGGGUUUAUUCAGAAGAAAGGCUAGUGUUCGUGAUUUACUAAGCUGGUCGGCGCGGAGUUUGCAAAGGCCUUUAUUGGCUUCAAGUAAACCGGUAGCUCGACAAGCUUUGGAUAUGUUCAGACAAGUACAAAUGUAUAUGGGUGACCGUAAGGCAAGACCGGGGGUCUCGCUGAAUUCGUUAUUGAUGGAUAUUCUUGGGACGGCGCAUACACAGGCACUUUUAAGGGACGAGUUAUUCGUGCAACUGUGUAGACAAACCACGGAAAAUCCAAGACGGGAUUCUCUCUUGCGUGGUUGGGAAUUACUGACCAUUGCUUUAGCUUUUGUUCCUCCUAGUCCAGCGUUUCAACCUGCGCUUUUAGGGUAUUUAAAUCGACAUAGGGAUCCAGGGUUUUCAAGAGUUUUUCCAGACGUCAGUCGUUGGCCCAUUCAUGUACAGGUGAACCAUUACGCGACUGUGGCGUGCCAGCGUCUGGAGCGGAUCGGGGCCGGUGGGAAAAGGUCCGCUCGUAGGCCCCAAAUGGACGACAUAGAUUCCGCUCGUAAACAAAUUUUUCAAGCUAGUCUCUUUGGCAAUACAUUGCGUGAAGUCAUGCAACUUCAGGCUAGUCGCUGGCCCAAUAGAAGACUUCCGUGGCCUCAGGUGGAACUGUCUCAGCAAGUUCUGCGUCUGCAAGGCUUAAGUACGGAAGGCAUAUUCCGAGUAUCAGCUGACGUAGACGAGGUAAAUAAGUUGAAGGCUCAAAUGGAUAGGUGGGAAUUUAGCGAGCCGAGUGACGCACACGUACCAGCGAAUUUGCUUAAACUGUGGUUGCGCGAACUUUAUGAACCCUUGAUACCUGACUCCCUAUAUCCUGAAUGUGUUUCGGAGCCCAUGACUCCACGUCGUGCAUGUGAUUUAGUUCUACGUUUACCGACAUUGCAUAGACUUGUGUUAUGUUAUUUAAUUCGAUUUUUACAAACUUUCAAUAAACCAGAUGUUAUACAGCACACUAAAAUGGAUGCUUCCAAUUUGGCUAUGGUCUUUGCGCCUAAUUGUUUACGUUGCAUGGCUAGUGAUCCUCGCACCAUGUUCGACAAUGCUCGCAAAGAAAUGGCCUUUAUGCGAUGCCUCAUUCAAGAACUUGACACGGAAUGUGUCCGAGACAUGAUCUGACCUCAGUUUAUAUAUAUAUUUAUAUCAUUAUACAUACCAGUUAUUAUUGUAUCAUUUUAUAUUACUACAUCAUACCAUAGGUACCCAUUGUGACCUUUUUUCUUCUCUUUUAUCUGGCAUUCAAAAUUGUGAUUUAAAUUCUCCAAAUAAACUGUUUUCAUAUUA